UCCCGCCUUUUGGUUUUCUAAUGCCUUUCGAGGUUUUGGGGCCAGACGUCUGGGGACGACCCCCAGGAGUGGAACUGCUGGGUCAGGCGGUGACUCCGUUCCACCCUCUGAGGACCUGCUGGGUGCUUCCCGCCGGCCGCGUGCGAGGGUUCCCGUCUCUCCACAUCCUGGACGCGUGUCCUGGUCCGUUUUAUCCCCGUUGACGCGCUGGGGGGUGGCCAUUGGUUUCGGGUCCCGGAGCCUCGUGUUCUCAGAGGACGUCGCGGCGUCCGGGGUGCUCUUAAAGGGGCCGCGUCACCCAGCUCUGCCGCGGUCAGGGGCGUAGGCCCUGCCGCCUCCGGCUCUCGCCAGCCGCGUGGUCCCGGGCGGCCGCUCUGUCCAGCCCGGCCCGGCCCCUGGGGAUUCGGGACCCGCUGGACCGGACUCCGGUUGCCCGGCAACGGGAAGGUGAUCUGUUUCCAUGGCAGCCGAGGGCUCGGAUUCCUGUGGGACGUCCUCCGCUUGACGCCGUGUGACCCGGACGCUCCCCGUCCCCGGGCCUCCAGCCCAAAGGCACCGCCAGGCCCGGGGCGGGUGGACGCCGCCUCCCUGGGGGUUUGGAAACUGAGAGUAGAAAAAGCACUUUCCUUCUGGCCCGAAGCCAGGAACCCGGCCCUGACCUUUGGCCUGAGAGGCGGCGCGUCCCAGGGGCGCCCGGGCAUCCCUCCCCCUGGCAGCCGGGGGCCGGGUCUCUAGGAGGCGUUUGCCGGGCUCUUAUCUGGGGCACCCGACGGUGGCCGGGCUCCUCCUCCUUAGAGACGGCCACACAGCCCGGAAAAUCAGAGACACGAGCGCGAAUGUCGGUGAGAUUUGGAAAAUGUGUUUGGCAACGUGGAUGCACGUACGAAACUCUGGCCGGUGGAGAAGGGCAUUCUUUUCAGUCGGGCCGAGUGUUUUCGGGAGGUGACGUAGUCCCGGGCCACACAGGCCGCUCCAAGGACUGUUGCAGAGUUUCUAUCUUAGGCUGUGGGUUCUCGGGUCGCAGCUUCCCCCAACUCCCCGAAAUUUAAAAACGCCCUUCAAAAUAAAUGCUGGCUUAAAGAGGCAGUCGGUCAAGGUGGAAACGGUAAACUGUUUACACUCGAAAGAAAACGACCUGGUGGGAUCCAGGGGAUGCAGCCAAAGCAGGACUCCGAGGAAAAUGUAUAGCCUUCAGGGCAUUUACUAGAAAACGAAAAAUAUCGAGUGAAGGAACUAAACUUUAAUUCAAAAAUCACCCCCAUAAACCCAAAAAAGGACUGAAUCUGGACGCCUUCGACUCCUCAGGCCUAGCCUGGGAGAAGGAGCGGGGUCCAGCUGUGUGACCGUGGGCUGGUUGCUUCCCUUCUCUGAGCUUCACCAUCCUCGCGGUGGCCGAAAACGGACCUACUCUGCAUGGUUAUCUGACUGGAGUCAGUCACGUGGGGAAUGUGGAAAACCCUCAAAAUGCAGGACGGUAAAACGCCAGCUCCUUGGGUGACGCUCCAUCUUGGUUUCUAACAAAUGCUUUGGGGGUCUAUGAAUUUUCCUCUGUGCCCCAGUUUGGCUGCAUCCACGGGUCCCGACUUGAUCGUCCGUCGGUUCUGAAUGCGUAAUUUAAUUUCCUCGAUACCCCAGAGGGGGGCUCGCGGCCUUGCCCGGCCACCCUCCCGUCCGGGAACCAGCUCACUCCCCCUCUCUCUCUCUCUCUCUCUCCCCCCCCCCCCCCCUCCGCCCGUGGUCCCCGCCGUGGACGGCACCGCCAUGAACGGGAUCCACCCGCUGAGCUCCUCCGAGGUGGACGAACUCAUCCACAAGGCGGACGAGGUCACGCUGAGCGAGGCGGGGUCCGCGGCCGGGUCGGCGGAGACCCAGGGGGCCCCGGAGGAGGCCGUGCGGACCACGCCCUCCAGGCGGGAGAUCACUGGGGUGCAGGCGCAGCCGGGCGAGGCCACCUCGGGCCCCCCGGGCAUCCAGCCCGGCCAGGAGCCCCCCGUCACCAUGAUCUUCAUGGGCUAUCAGAACGUGGAGGACGAGGCCGAGACCCAGAAGGUGCUGGGCCUGCAGGACACCAUCACCGCGGAGCUGGUGGUCAUUGAGGACGCGGCCGAGCCCAAGGAGCCCGCCCCGCCCAACGGCAGCGCCGCCGAGCCCCCGGCCGCCGCGGCCCCCCGGGAAGAGAACCAGGUGGGGCCCGAGGCCCCCGCCAGUGAGCCCCAGGACCUCGACAUGAAGAAACACCGCUGUAAAUGCUGCUCCAUCAUGUGAGCCGCCCGGCCCCCCAGACCCCGGCCCCGCCCUCCGUGCCAGACACCCACCGCCCAGCCCCCCCGGCGCCUGCCCACCCUCCACCCACCGCCACGGUCCCCAGGACACGCCGUGUCGUCACACGUUCCUUCUGAGUUUUCUCUCACUGGAAAGAGAGGGACGGGGAGGUCCCGCCCGCCCCCCACCCAGGCACCGCCCCCGACACGCCCUAACCACUGAGCCGCACGCCCACACCUGGCCGCAGAGACACACACGGCAGACCCACCCGUCCCCGAGACGAGACCCCCGUGUCGCAGCAGCUCCACAGACGCGGCUCCCGCCCACGGCGUCCCGGCUGGCGUGACCCGGGGCCUCGGGGCGGCUCCGGGCCAGCCCGCCACCCUCUGGGCCUCCUGCCUGUGCCUUCCUGCCACCUCCGAUGAGGUCCCCGAGGGGACAUCUCGCCAGAGGGAGCCGCGGGGGCCUGCUCAGUCCCCACCCAGCCCCUGGAAGCGGGUCCCUCGAGGGUCCCCAGCUGAGGCGCCGGUGUCCGGGUCUCGGCCGGCGGGGGUGAGGCCGUGCCUCUUGGGGGCCCAGGCUCGAGGUCUCGGCUGGAGCACACGCCCCUCCCCGCGUGCCCUCUCUGGGCGCAGCCGGUGGAUGGUGGAGCCUGGGGAAGGGGGCGCCCUGGGGACAGGCCCCCCGCCGGGUAGGGACCUGUGACCCCUGCACUGCCGUCUGGUCGGGGUGGGUGGGGGUCUCGGAGCUGCCCCUGCACGAGGCAGGGACGCGUGAGCCGCUUCUCAUGCCGACCGCCCGCCCCCACUGGGCCCUCCUUCCUCCUGGUGCUAAUUCGGGGACCCCGAGGGGCCACCCCCCGGCCCCGUCUCCAGCCCGCUUGGUCCAGGCUCCCGGGUCCCCCCGACCACACCCCGGCAAUCGGGCCCAGUGCCGGCUCCGCUGGGUGUGGCGCAUCCAGGCAGCGGAGGGGGACCCCCACGGCCACCCAGCCUGAUGUGAGCCUGCCCCCCUCUCACCGGGAGGGGCGAGGGGUGACCAGUGCCCGUCCUGGGGGCGGCCGACACCCGGCUGUGCACGCCCGUCUCUGGGGUGCAGCCACCCUUGUCCCCGGAGGCGCAUUCGUGCACGCGCUCACAGCCCCUCUCAUGGGUGGGCUGAGGACGACCAGGCCGCCCCCUCGGCAGGGCGGGUGCAGGGGCCGCCUCGACCGCGGCCCGGGUCCCGUCUCAGCUCCGCCCCUCGGUGGCCGGGAGGAGAGGCCCUCGCGAGGUGCCCCUGGGCCGUGGCCGUGGCCCCCCCUCCGCCCUCCUCGAGUCCACCCGCGUCCUCGAGCCGUGAGCCUCCGCCGCCCCCUCUGCUUUCGAUGUGUGACGAGGCCCCGAUGUUCUUGACUUUCCCGGAGAAGCAAAUAAAACAGUGUGAGCAGC